ACAACAGAGGGCGGCUCUGUCCUCCGCCUCCCUGCACGUUUCUGAGAGCAGACCGGGCCAGCCAUUCAUCCAGCGUUUGCUGAAAGUGCAGCAUUCCCGUCUUAGCCCUCGGAGAGCAGCGAUGUUUUCCUGCAGAGCGGCCUGGCAGAGGUGUGGGCCUUUGGCACGGAGAGCAGCCUACAGGUUGCCCCGGGAUGCUGUGCAGCAGCGGCAGAUGUCGUCGGUCCCCGGUGGCCCUGGGGUGGAGAACAUCGUCUACACCCUGCUGUGUGGAGGAGCCCUUGUGGCCUCUGUGUCGUAUACGUACAGUACCUUGUCCUCAGACCACUCCAGGUUCAAUGAACGUGUUGCAGAAAUCAAGGCCAGACCCAAGGCGGAGUGGGUCCCCAAACCGUGGCCACCUAAGAGUCAGGAUGAAGAAGAGGGUGGCGAGGAGGAGGAGGCGGUAGAGGCUGCAGCCGAGGAGGCCAGUGAAGAGGCCGAGGCUGCUGAGGUUGAGGAGGUGGCUGCAGCUGCCGACGGCGAGGCGGGGACUGUAGUCGAGGCGGUUUCUGAGGCUGCUGAGGUGGUCGCUGAGGCCGCUGAGGUUGUUGAAGAGGUGGCCGAGUUCGUCGUGGAGGCUGCGCAGGAAGUGGAGGCGGUUGCGGAGGAAGUGGCCGACGCAGCCAAAGCUGUCAAGGAGGCCGCCGAGGCUGUCACAGAACCCGAGGCUGUCGCAGAACCAGCCGCGGUCGCCGAGGAACCAGAAAGCAACGUGCUGCUGGCAGCUGCUUCUACUCUAGAGUUGCCGAAGAUAGUCGAAGCAAAAGAAGACUUGGCACCAGCUGUUGAAGACGCCAAAGAGGAAGAGAUAUCUGUCCCAGAGGAAGUUGCACCAGUAGUAGAGGAAGCUGCUGCACCAGUGGAAAUUGCCCCAGUGGUGGAAGAGGCUCCUGCACCAGUAGAGGUUGCACCAGUUGCUGAAGAGGCUCCUGCACCAGUAGAGGUUGCACCAGUUGCUGAAGAGGCUCCUGCACCAGUAGAGGUUGCUGAAGAGGCUCCUGCACCAGUAGAGGUUGCUGAAGAGGCUCCUGCACCAGUAGAGGUUCCUGAAGAGGCUCCUGCACCAGUAGAGGUUGCACCAGUUGCUGAAGAGGCUCCUGCACCAGUAGAGGUUGCUGAAGAGGCUCCUGCACCAGUAGAGGUUGCUGAAGAGGCUCCUGCACCAGUAGAGGUUGCUGAAGAGGCGGUUGCACCAGUUGCUGAAGAGGCUCCUGCACCAGUAGAGGUUGCACCAGUUGCUGAAGAGGCUCCUCCACCAGUAGAGGUUGCUGAAGAGGCUCCUGCACCAGUAGAGGUUGCUGAAGAGGCUCCUGCACCAGUAGAGGUUGCUGAAGAGGCGGUUGCACCAGUUGCUGAAGAGGCUCCUGCACCAGUAGAGGUUGCACCAGUUGCAGAAGAGGCCCCUGCACCAGUAGAAGAGGCCCCUGCACCAGUAGAAGAGGCCCCUGCACCAGUAGAAGAGGCCCCUGCACCAGUUAGGGAAGCCCUUGAGGCAGCAGUAGAGCCUGAAGUCACCUCGGCUCUAGCUGAAGAACCUGUUACCACCACUGAUGUUGAAGAGGUCUCCGUAGCUCCCCCUGUGGUGGAAGAGACCCCUUCAGCCCCUGUGGAGGCUCAGGCAGAAGCUCCUAAGAGGGAGUACAUCGUUGUGGUCCUGGAAGGUUCACCCAAGUCUGACAGCCGGCCUAAGGUUCUCGGAGUUGGUCCCAUGACUGGCAGAAUCAUCCCAGCUCCAGAUGAAGACGACGCCCCUUCUUCUGAGGGUAGGCGACGUCUUCUUAGGAUGCAAAUGCAGUAGUUCCAAUCAAGUGAACGGCUCCUGAGUGAAGACGUCGUCCUGCAGAAGAAGAGGAUGUGCCUUUCUCCAACACUUUCAUCCAUUAAAAACACAGACUAAGAUUCCUCUCAACUCUAGAGAUCAACUGCUGCCCAUCUCUGUGACACUCCGUCUUGACUCCGUAGUUGUUUCAGAUCUGUGGUUGAUCUUUUUUUAAAAACCUUCAAAAACUUCCCUGAAUUUCAACCUGUAUACUGCUGAGGACAAAACUGAGCCACCUGUGCAGUUACCUGUUUCUCCUUCUGUGUUUAAAAACCAAUCCAGUGGAUUUCCUCAGCACUUCUCCCCCGAUCAUGUGACAUGAACCUUCAGUGUUAUCUCUCAGAGCAGAGGGGCGCUUCUAAAGCCACCAGCAAUCUUACCCAGCACCCGACCUCAGGUUUUCUUCUUCUGCUCGUCUCAGUGUGAAAACAAAGAGCUGGAAACGAUCGCUGUACUUUAGUACUUUCUGCAGAAACACCUCGAGCUCACUGCUCUUUAGCGUAGCCACGUAGCUACCUCAGUUUUCCUCGUGUUUUCAGCCUAAAUGACCCGACCGACCUCUUCUUGAUGCUAUAACCGUGUUACAGACUUCAAUAUGCACAUACCGGUAGAUCUUUUUAAAACCUUUAAAGCAUGUUUCUAUUUUUGGCCUCUCUAAGUUUAUGUUACAGACGCUUGUGAAUGUGAAACACGCUUCAAAGAGAGCUGUGCAUCAUCUCCAUUUUCAGUGUUUAGUUACCUUCUCAGGCCAGUUUCCUCUCCACUCUCAACAUGAAGUCAGUUAUGGUCAAAGUUAUAAAACUCUUUCCUUGACUACAUUCAUUGAUGUUCACCAAGGAAGGAACACAAAGCUCUUUAUAUUUAAAUCUGUACAUUUCAGUGUCAUGGUUCAGGGAGGACGGCUUGAUGUUCUUCCUCUCAAAUAGCUCUUCUUUGCCGGUCACACCUGUGUGGACAUCUAGCUGAAAGGCUUGCAGGAAGUAGGACACGUGGUGACACUGAUGUGAUGUGACAUGUGUGUGUUUGGAGGUGUUGCAGUAUGUCUGAAGACUCCAGUGUGAGGCGCUCGUCCUCUCUUCCCCUCUCAGUCUUCAUCAUCUCCACUGUCUCUCUCCUGUCUUUGUCAGCUUGGUGUACAGACUUGAGAUCACAAGAGGGAGCGACUGAAGUGGAGUGUUGGAAUGUAUUUUAGAAAAAGGGAUUGAGAUUGAGAGAACGACACUCUUGUUUGUUUCCUCGGUGCUCCCGGACAGGUUUCUGUUAGAGGAUGUGAGUGAAUGAGCUUUGAAUGGACAAAGAUCAGGAACUGUGACCGUUUCACAUUUUACUGUUUUACCUGUUUUUGCAAAAUAAAAAAAGGGAUUAAAUGUGA